CAGGCUGGAUGUGGCUCUGGGCAGCCUGGUCUGGUGGUUGGUGAACCUGCACAUAGCAGGGGGAUCAAAACUACAUUGUCAUUGUGGACCUUUUCAACUAGACCACUAGAGCAGGCUGCCCAGAACCACAUUAAUUUUAUAAUUCUGUGAUUCUAGAUUGUGGGACCGUGGAAAGUCGCUGACAGCGGCUGACAGGAGGGAGGCCGCAAGUGGCACUGUUAUGGUGCCGGGCUUCUCUGGGCUCUGUGCAUGGAGCUACCAGCUGAGGCAGCCGUACAGCGGGUGGACUAGAUGCAUUGAGCGGUGCCACAGGCCCGGGCCGCGGCUGCCAUAACAACGCGGAGGACGCCGGCACCGAGCGGGACGCGAAAGAUUGUCCGGACAUGCCCUUCACGGAACGCGCCUAUUUCCCGGCGGGGGCGGCCGCGGCUGGUGCAGGGACGUUUCCCGCCUUCCAGUUCCGCGGGCGCCAUGAGGGCCCGGACUGGAGGCGGCUGAGCGCCGUGGACGUGGGCCGGGUGUGGAGGGAGGGCGACGUGGCGGCCCUGCAGGAGCACCUGGAGCACGUCACCUUCUGCAGCGCCGAGCGGGAGCGCUGCCCACACUGCCAGGGCCCCGCCGACCCGCUGCUGCUCAAGCUGCUGCGCCUGGCCCAGCUGUGUACCGAGUACCUGCUGCACUCGCAGGAGUACCUGAGCGCCCAGCUCGGCGGCCUGGAGGAGGCUCUGCGGGCGGCACAGGCCCAGCGCGACCGCCUGGCCGAGGAGGUGGCCCAGCGUGCUCAGGAGGUCAAGGGGCUGAAGGAGGAGUGCCGGCGCAGGAAGAAGAUGAUCAGCACCCAGCAGAUGAUGCUUGAGGCCCGAGCCAGCUACCACCAGGUGAGAGGAGAGGAACUGGCUGCCCGGCCACCAGUGUCUUGUGGCUCUGAGUCCCACUGAGCGGCCCAGUUCUGG